AUGGUGCAGGCGACGCUCCAUCUGCUGCUGAGUGUGACGAGUGGAGGAGGAGCAGGAGGACGUCGGCGCCGUCGGAACGUGGAGAACAAUCAAUUCAAGGAUCAAUCCCAGAGAAGAUGCUCAGCAUCCCAAAAUUGGUGUAGAAGAAAGGACAACCACUUAACCAUUCAAUUUCUGCAGAAGAAAGGACAAUCAUUUAACCAUUCUGAUCCGCGGUUCCUCUCCGACGACAGUGAGUUGCUGAACGUGGAGAACAAUCAAUUCAAGGAUCAAUCCCAGAGAAGAUGCUCAGCAUCCCAAAAUUGGUGUAGAAGAAAGGACAACCACUUAACCAUUCAAUUUCUGCAGAAGAAAGGACAAUCAUUUAACCAUUCUGAUCCGCGGUUCCUCUCCGACGACACAAGCAGCAGUAAGUUUAUUGGCUACUACAGCUUAGAAGUACUAACCUCGUUGCCAAGCUCUCGCUGCCAAGUGCCAAGCUCUCAAACAAUGGCCACGAUGAGUACAUGCUUUCGGACGUCCUCGCCGGCAACGGUGCGCUGUGCCGCAGCGGCUCGGCGGUCUGCCAACUACGCUCCCAGCUCCUGGGAUUACGACUCCCUCCUCCAGCUCUCGCCCAACAAUGGCGGACAGGCAGAUCAAGUCGAUAAGUUGAAGGCCGGCGUGAGGGAGCGGCUGGUAGCGGCGAGCCGAGGCGACCACCAAGCUGCGAAGCUCGGGCUUGUCGACACGGUGCAACGGCUCGGCAUCGCCUACCAUUUCGAGGAGGAGAUCGCCGGUAUCCUCAGCUCCGUCCACCGCAAGCCUCACCGGUGCAGCGGGGAUGAUUGUGAUGUUGCUUCCGCGGCAUUGAGGUUCAGGUUGCUCAGGGACAGUUGUUUCCCAGUCUACUACCCUCCAGAAUUCCUUGAAGAUCUCAAGCGCGGACCAGAUGAUGAUGUCAAGGGGCUCCUCUCACUCUACGAGGCUUCAUACCUUGCGUUUGAAGGCGAGGAAGCAUUGGAUGAGGCAAGAGCAUUUUCUAAGAAAGCUCUCAUAAAGCUCUUGCCAUCCAUGGAUCACCACUUACGGCGCAGUGUGGUUCGUUCUUUGGACCUUCCAUUGCACCGGAGGUCUCCUCGACUAGAAGCAAGAUGGUUCAUAGAUCACUAUGCUAGAGAUGAGAGCAAUUCCGACCCAUUGCUCGUUAGAUUUGCCAUGACGGACUUCAACAAUGUGCAAAGUGUGCAUCAGGAAGAACUCGUGAGACUGGCAAGGUGGUGGAAGGGGACUGCCCUUAGUGAAAAAUUGGGGUUCGCCUGGGAUCGUCUCAUGGAGUGCUUCCAUUACGCAAAUGGAAUUGUGUGGGAGCCAAACAAUGGAGCGUGCCGAGAAGUGCUUGCUAAAGUCGCCAAUCUAAUAGUUCACUUAGAUGAUGUUUAUGAUGUGUAUGGAACUCUAGACGAACUAGUUCUCUUCACCGACGCCAUUGGAAGGUGGGAAGAAAGUCCUAGUGAAAGACUCCCCGAAUACAUGCAAGCACUCUAUUCCGUGAUGUACAACACAUCCGCUGAGGUGGCUGAAAAUGUGUUGGAACAACAUGGUUGCGACGCUCGUCAUGUUCUUCAGAAAGCGUGGCGAGACAUGGCGGAGUCUUUCCUGGUGGAGGCAAAGUGGCACCAUGGAAACCACAGACCAACACUGCGUGAGUAUCUGGACAAUGGAUCAAUUUCAGCCUCUGCUCCACUGUUGCUGCAACAUACGUUUCCCCUGCUGCGUGUGGAUGAAAAGAUCACCCCAAUGUCUCUUGCUAAAGUUGGAAGCUACCCUAAAUUAGUUCAGUCAGCGUCGUUAGUUCUUCGGCUCUGCAAUGACUCUGCAACCCACUCUGCCGAGCUGGAGCGAGGGGAUGCACCAUCAUCAAUAGCUAUUCACAUGUCGGAGAACAGCUCCAGUGAGCAAGAGUCCCGUGAAGCCAUGGAAGACCUUACUAUGGAAGCCUGGAAGUCGAUUAACGAAGAUGCAUUCAAACACUACCGAUUUUCUAGAUCUUUUGCCAAGACUUGCGUGAAUUUGGCUCGAAUCUCACAUUGUGUUUACCAAGGUGGGGAUGGUUUUGGUGCGCCGGAUAGUCGGAAGAAAAAGCAAAUUAGGGAGUUGUUCUUGGACCCUUUCAUGAUUGAGGAACAUUAAACGGUGGGAAACACAUAUCUUAGAAAGAUGUUAUAUAGGCUUAAUUAUCUGUAGGUAUUGAUUGUAGGUAUUGAUUCU